AUGGUUGAAGUUCUUCUUCGAUGCGGUCUGCUCUUCUUGAUUUCAUUGGGUGGAGCGUCGGCGGAACGUUCCCUCAUCGAUCGCGAGGAAGUUCGUGAAGAGAUCGCAGCCCAUGUGCAGGAGUCCCACUCCGAACAGGAUGGCGGAGAGCAUCACGAACCGGGUAAGCACGACAUCCGCGUGUAUGACGGAUAUAGGUACAGCGAGCUCCAGCUUGACAUCAAACACCCACAAAAGCGCUGGGCAAAUCUCAUCUGCGCUGAGAACGAAAGGCGCAAGGGCUACACCAUGGCGGAGUGGUUCCACUGGUGCAAGGACAAGAGAAAUCGAUGCACGGGAACUGAUUCGUGGAUGGCCGCCAAGAAGAAGGGCCGCGAAGAUCCGGGAGUCUUAGAGGAUAAGAGGAUUCGGGAAUGCCGCCCCGCAGACUUCCGAUUGGGCCAUGAUGGCCAUUGGUACCUUUUGGAGGAGUUCCGCGCGCACUUUGACCAGCCAAUGGUCCCGGGCAUGGGGGAGGCCAUCUUCAAUCAGGCACCCACAGAUCUUCUGACCUGGUACCGCCGUCGAGACCAGGCUGAGCUGACCGGACAUCGCUGA